AUGUCUUCCACCGAGCAGACCUUCAUUGCCAUCAAGCCUGAUGGCGUCCAGCGUGGACUCGUUGGCGCCAUCAUCACUCGCUUCGAGCAGCGAGGAUACAAGCUUGCGGCCAUCAAGCUCGUCACUCCCUCCAAGGAGCAUCUCGAGACCCACUAUGCCGACCUGAAGGAGAAGCCAUUCUUCCCCGGUCUGGUCAAGUACAUGCUCAGCGGCCCGAUCUGUGCCAUGGUUUGGGAAGGCCAGGACGCCGUCAAGACUGGCCGCGUGCUCCUCGGUGCCACCAACCCCUUGGCAUCCGCUCCGGGAACUAUUCGAGGCGACUUCGCCAUUGCAACCGGCAGGAAUGUCUGCCACGGUUCUGACAGCGUCGAGAACGCCAAGAAGGAGAUCGCUCUUUGGUUCAAAGAAGGCGAGGUGAUUAACUGGAAGCUAGCUCUGCAUGACUGGGUCUAUGAGUAG